GCCUUGAAGAAGGUGAGGUCUGGAGCUCUCAGCCCAGGUCAGAAGUAGGGCAAGGUUAACCGGCUUGAGGUCGGCUGCAGCUGAACUAGGAAAACAGGGGAAAUGCCGGGCAAGCAGUCAGAGGACGGGGUGAUGGAAGUGGCAGCUGUGGAAGAUGGAGGUGACGAAGGCCUGGGGGGCCUCACCGUAGAGGAGCUGGAGCAGGGCCAGGAGACUGCGCUGGCCUUGGAGGACAUGAUGGCUCUGAGCGCCCAGACCCUGGUCCGCACUGAGGUGGAGGAGUUGUACGAGGAAGUGCGUCCCUUGGGCCAGGGCCGGUUCGGUCGUGUCCUGCUGGUUACUCACCGGCAGAAAGGAACACCCCUGGCACUGAAGCAGCUCCCCAAGACCUCGACUUCCCUCCGUAGCUUCCUGUAUGAGUUCUGCGUGGGCCUCUCACUUGGCACGCACCCGGCCAUCGUGGCAGCCUACGGCAUUGGCAUUGAGUCAGCCAAUUCCUACAGCUUCCUGACGGAGCCUGUUCUCCACGGGGACCUCAUCACCUUCAUCCAGCCCAAGGUGGGUCUUCCCCAGCCCGCAGUCCAGCGCUGUGCAGCCCAGCUGGCCUCAGCUUUGGAGCACAUUCACUCCCAUGGCCUGGUAUACCGGGACUUGAAGCCAGAGAAUGUGCUGGUGUGUGACCCAGACUGCCAUCGCAUCAAGCUGACGGACUUUGGCCACACCCGGCCCAGAGGUACCCUGCUCCGACUCACUGGGCCACCGAUCCCCUACACGGCCCCUGAGCUGUGUGCUCCACCACCCUUCCCCGAGGGACUACCCAUCCAACCUGCCCUGGAUGCCUGGGCUCUGGGAGUCCUGGUCUUCUGCCUCCUUACCGGCUACUUCCCCUGGGACCAGCCCCUGGUGGAGGCUGACCCUUUCUUCGAGGACUUCCUUAUCUGGCAGGCCUCCGGCCAGCCCCAAGACCGGCCACAGCCCUGGUAUGGCCUAUCCCCUGCGGCAGACACUCUCCUGUGGGGGCUGCUAGACCCUCACCCCAGGAAGAGGAACCCUGUGAGCUCCAUCAAGGGCUACCUAGGCCAACCCUGGAAGCAGAGGGAGGGGGAGGCUGAGGAACUGGCAAAGGAGCUGAGGGAAGAUGGGUAGUUAGGAGACCGCGCGGGCUAUAAAGGGGGAGCAGCCUGCAUGCCGAGACCCGCUUUGCCCGUGCUGCCUGGCUGCGGCCUCCUCUCCAUUUCCAAUCUCUCCCCUACCUGUCCUGUGUGUAGUCUGCAUCCCUCCUUUAUGCUCUGUGCGUGCAUGCCUGCGUGCGUGCACACGUGUGUGUCGUGUGAAAGUCAGAGGACUUUCGGGAGCCAGUUCUCUCCUUCCACCUUGGGGCCCAGCGAUGGAACUGAAUUCUUUGUCCGUCUUCAUGCACCUUUACCUACGGGAGCCGUCAGGCUGUCUCUGGUCUUGAACUCUGGAUCCUCUUGCCCCAGAAUCCUGAGUCCUGGGGAUAACAGGCAUGCACCACGCUCAGCUCUCCCGCAUAGCUGUGCACGGUCCCACCCACCUCAGGUAGCGCCCCCCCCCCCCCCCGCUCCCCCCCACAAGCCCCAGGUAAGACAGCCACCUGCCCUGGACUUCACAAUCCCCGGCCCCUCCUCUACUGUGUGUUCCUUUUAUUUACUUAUUUGGUGUGCGCCGGACCUCUUUUAACUGUGCGCCCUCCCAGAGGGUGGGGUCUUAGCUCCCGGAGGACUGACCCUGCAUCCCCAGAGUAGAGCCCCGCCUACAGCAAGCAGUCAAAUCAGUAGACACAUCUGAUCACCGGGGCUCCCCACUGGGGGCCUCCCCGACUCUUUACCACUGUCUUCCUGGCUUCGUCACCCCGUCUUCUCUCAUGGGGCUUCACAGCACUCCGAUCUGCUCCAGCUUUUUCUCCCACCCACCUGCAUGCCGGGACAUCCUCCCCCACGCGGCCGCGGCCGCGGCCGCCGCCAUCUGAGAUACUUUAUGUACUCUUGCCUCAGCUGUCCUCUGCAAAUAAAGUCCCCCUGGCAACUGGA